AUGGUACUCCGCACUUUGACCCCGCAUAUAGCAAGGUUGCCGCUGCGCAGGAGUCUUCAGACAGCUGCUCCUGCCGCCUCCUAUCGUGUUCCUGAGUUCGCGUUCGCUUUUGACAUCGACGGUGUUUUGGUUCGAAGUUCGGACGCACUACCACGCGCUCACCAAUCGCUCUCGUAUCUUCAGGCACAGCGUAUACCGUUCAUCCUACUCACCAAUGGUGGCGGCAAGCACGAGUCCGAACGAGUGGCUGACCUGAGCCGUAAACUAGGUGUGCCUCUCGACACUAGCAUGUUUGUGCAGAGCCACACUCCUUUCGCCGAUAUGGAUCAAUAUAAAGACAAGACUGUCAUGGUGGUUGGAGGGGUUGAGGACAAGUGCAGACAGGUUGCGGAAGCGUACGGGUUCAAGACGGUCGUUACGCCCGGUGAUAUCCUAGCCGCCUAUCCGGACGUCUGGCCUUUCUCACAGCAGUUGUUGCCUUACUACAAAACGUUUACACGGCCUCUCCCGGCCCCAAUCGAUCCUACUUCGCCAUCCACUUCCCUUCGUAUUGAUGCGAUAUUCGUAUACAACGAUCCUCGCGACUGGGGACUUGACGCUCAAAUUAUCCAGGAUGUCCUGCUCUCUGAGCGUGGAAUUCUUGGUACGCUUUCUUCUAAGAACGGAAAUGCGGCUUUGCCAAACAAGGGCUAUCAACAGAAUGGACAACCGAAUCUCUACUUCUCCAAUCCCGAUCUCCUGUGGGCCGCGAAGUACCACUUGCCUAGGCUAGGUCAAGGCGGCUUCCGUGAGGCGCUGGAAGGCAUUUGGGCGGCAAUUACUGGCGGCGAGCGGGAAGGUGUUCAACUUCAAAAGGUUGUCAUGGGCAAACCUUACAGGCCCACAUAUGAGUUUGCCGAGAAGCGACUAAUUGCACAUCGGGGCGACCUCCUGCAGGGAAACCAUGACAAGCUCGGAGCUUUGAAGCGCGUAUACAUGGUUGGCGACAACCCUGCAAGCGACAUAGCAGGCGGCAACAACUAUGUAAGUCCCUACGGGACUGAUUGGGCCAGCAUACUAGUCAAGACUGGCGUUUAUGUAGAAGGCUCACCGCCGGCCGUCCAGCCUCGGCAAAUCGUAGGCGAUGUGUGGGAUGCGGUAAGUUGGGCUGCUGCGCAAGAAGGCUGGACAGGAUGAGUGAUGCACGAUCUCGACUCUGUACCCUCAGUCUCCUGCCGCCUCAAGGCAUCACCUGUUUUGCCUGCAGAGACCGCCAUGACAUCAGAAUAAUUGCAGGUAGCGUUCUAGCUGCGCGAGUGCUACGGAAGCCGAAACCUCGGAGAGUACUCUGACACAAGAGUCGAACAUACAACUUUGUGAAGAUUCGUGGAUGGAAUGGUUGUUGGGCUGGCCUUGUACUUUGGCUUUGUCGAUAGCGACCAGUGGGGACAUGUGCUCUGACCGUACCAUCGUCCGAAGCCCGUUAGAUUGAGUCAAUCUGGAGAUUGUCUCUGGCCAUCUAGCAAUCAGUUUGUCAAGUGCUGUAUGCAUCGGUCCAGGUCUCGGGUUCAGAACAGCUCUCCGUUGCCUGUCUUAUCGUUCAUUCAAAGGUAAGUAUUGGCUCUUCAAUAUAUCUCUAGGAUUUUUUUUUUCUGUUAUAAG